AUGUCGCCCUUGCUGAAGGAGUUUCUCAACAAGCGUGUGGUGGUGGUCACGACCGAAGGACAAUGCGUAUGUGCAACGCUCGAGGGCUUUGAUAACAGUACGAACUUACUGAUUUCUCAGGUCAAAGACCGCGUUUCGGGCGAAAAAAUAGCCAGUUCGUAUGUGUUACGAGGGAGCCAGAUCGUUUGUUGCGGACUACUAGAGAAUUCAGCAGAUUCAGACAUUGAAUUGGCAUCUCAGGGAGUGGAAUCCCUCAAAGAUACGCGGAAUUACGUGCCUAACGAACACGUCGUAUGGCAAAAAGUCUGGGCAGCCAAGCAGCAACAACAACAACAAAACCAAAAGCAGCAACAUACGCUAAAUGCGUCUUCUGCGUCGCAUGAAAAAUAG